AUGUUGAACGAAAGUCUUACAAACCCAUUGUUCGGAAAAGGUAAGUGCAACAUUGUCAGAGCUGUUAACAUUCUUUUCGAGAAAGGUUUGUUGGAACCAAUUCCAGAUGACAAGCUGACAGAAACUUUUGUACCAAAAGACGAAACAAACUUUUCAUUGUUGGUAAGACCAAAAGUUGUUCCAGACAAAGUUAUAGCACAAAAGAAGUACACAGUUCCAAAAGGAGUUGGAUUGUUCGGAUACCAACCUGAACCAGAAGAACUUCCAAUGAGGUUGCAAGAACUUCAAGAUGCUAUAAACAAACUUCCAUUGAGGCAUCCAGUCGACGUCAAAUUGUAUUGGAGAGCAUCUGAGUUAGGUCAGAAGGUUUUAUAUGAAACAGGUUGCUUCGACGAUGUUUAUGAGAUAACAGGAGAAGUUUCUCAAAAGAUAAGAGACUCACUUGAAUUUCCACGAACUGGGCCGAUUGGAUGCGAUAAGUUCGACUCAUAUGAAAAAAUAUACUAUGUCGACCUUAACGCUGCGUACAUGAGGUUCGUCCAAUAUAUCCCGACUGGAAUUCCAAACGAAGAUGGAGAGUUCCCGGGAAGGAACUAUACAGUUGGAAAGGUCAUACAACAACUCUAUGAUAUUAGGAAAGCUUCAAACCCCAAACUUGCAAUGACAAUCAAAUUGCUUAUGAAUUCGACAUGGGGAUAUUUCAUUAAGAAACCUCAAAAGAUGAAGAGUAAACACUAUGAGAAGGUCGACAACUUUGUUGAAAGGUUCUCCCCUUUUGUUUUGAAAUACGAGUUCACCGAAGGUCAAUGUGGCUUAGUAACCACAGUAAAACCUAUUGUCGAACAUUGGUCCUAUCCUCAGUUCGCAAAGGCA